AAGUCGCUUAUGUGACGUCAUUCUACUGCGACAAACAGCCUGGACUUGUUUUCAGAAGCUUAGGCUGAGCAGGGUUUCGUGAAAAUGACGGACCAGAAAGCGAAGAAUAUUAGUUCUAUCCCCAUCGAUGGGUUCAGUAAUACAAGAAUCACAUCCAUAUGGACGUUUAUGAUAUCUGUGCAGUGGUCGGAGCCUUGGCUGAUCGGGCUGCUGGUGUUUCAUGUUGUGUGUGUGUUUCUGACCGUGGUGACGUGCAGGUACUACAGAGCUCAGAUUUGUCACUUCCUGCUCAUGGUUGGAAUGGUGUACAGUGCUGAAUAUUUAAAUGAGUUGGCAGCCAUGAACUGGAGGUCCUUUUCUAAUUUCCAGUACUUUGAUUCCAAGGGCAUGUUCAUAUCUUUGGUGUACUCUAUUCCUCUUCUGCUGAAUACAGUCAUAAUUGUGAUGGUAUGGGUGUACAGGACAUUUUCCACUAUGACGGAGCUGAAGACACUCCAGCUCAAGCGAAAGGCCCGCAGAGAGAUGAGAGAAAAGAAUGACUGAUCCCUGUCCAAAUAUACUUCAUUGGGAGGUACUGAUCAUCAGUGUCUCUGCCUUGCUAAUGCAGAAUUUUGGAAAAAGAAGGCAGAUUCCUUCUUGUGACCACAAACCGAUUGUUGAAGUCGGUCAGGACUGGGUGUCUGUUUCUGGUAACGGCUGUUGAAAGAUGCUGGCGAAAUACUUUACACUAUAAUAUACUAGGACCAAAGGACAUUUACUGUUUUGUAAUUACUGUUGUUUUUGAAGUUGUUGAAAUGCACAAAAAAAGAUAAAGUGGUUUUGAAUUACU